UUUAUUACUAAGGAUGUGCAUGUAAUAUUUCCACUAAUUAUUCUAUAAGUUCGGUGGCAAAUAGUGUGUGAUUAUGUUUCUUGUUCACGUCUAUGUAUUAUGAAGUUGUUGAUUAUCUUACGCUUGUUAAAAAUAUGGCGAAAUUGAAACAUACUAUUUGGGGUCUCUCUUCUAAUUUCGUCGCAAACCGAUAUUUUUCACGUUUGUUGACAUCUCCAUGGUACAAUGUAUCUACUGUUUCGUCAAAUGAAAUGUCUGCAGCAACUGCAGUCAAGCCAGAAAAUGGCAUCAUUAUUACUGACAGCUGUGUUAAACGACUAAAGGAAAUUACACACGAUAAUGCAUAUUUAAGAGUGACGGUAGAAGGAGGAGGUUGUUCAGGAUUUCAAUAUAAAUUUGACUUUGACACAAAUAUAAACGAAGAUGACAAAAUAUUUCAAAAGGAUGGUGCCAAAGUGGUUAUAGAUUCAACAUCUUUAGAAUAUAUUAAAGGAGCAACAAUAGAAUACCAUACGGAAUUAAUACGUUCUGCAUUUAGGAUAACUAAUAAUCCUUUAGCAGAGCAAGGUUGUAGUUGCGGAGCCAGUUUUUCUAUUAAAGUGUAAUGGUUUCUUCGCAUAUAGUAUAUUUAAAUUUAGAGGGAA